AUGUUGGAUGAUGAAGAUGACCAAAGCUUUCAUGCUACGCGUGACGGCCACUCCCAUUUGAGCGAUGUCGAAUGGGAUGCGGUUGAACGAAUGGGUUCAACCAUGGGAAUCCAUGCUGUUAGCGUCAUGCUAGAGGCUCUCAAUAGAGAUGCCCAACAUGCUACUAUCGCCAAGUUCAUUCAAAAUGAACUUGACGCAGAACGCGAGAAAGUAGCCUUGCUUCACCAACAAGGUUCUCAACAAGCAGAGUUGUUGAGAGAACAGGGCGCUCAACAGUUCGAACUGUUGAGACAGCAGCAGGCUGCUGCUGGUGGGUCGAUGCACUCGCGUCGACCCGAAACUUUGAAGAUUGACAUCUCCAAGGCGCGUCGCAUCGACGACGAGGAUAUGCAAGUUGCAUUUGCCCAGUCAAAUCUGGCAGGACGUGCCAAGACUUGGGCACUGGGGCUCAAGUUGCACGACCCAUAUGCGUUUGGGUCGUUGGAAGUCUUCAAUUCGCGGCUCAAACAAACGUCAUGA